GGUCCGGCCCCCGCGGCAGAGCGCCUCCAGACUAGGCGGGGCUCCCCGCGGCUGGGACGGUAACAGCCGCGGGGGCCCGGGAGUGUGGAGGACCCGGCGCUGAGCGCGUCAGCGCGCGAGUUUGGACGCGAACUACUGAAACUCACUCGGUGAACCGGGCCGCCAGUCCUGGAGAUCUGCUUCCCGGUUGGCAGGAAAUGGCGCCGCCGGGGGCGUGACCAGGGGGCGUGGCCUUGGGCGUGGCCACCCUCCUCCCCGCCCGUGGGCGUUUCCGGUCGUUGGGUACCGCGUCUCUGAGUCUCCAUCGCCUUGGGACCUUGUCUCAUGUCCAGCCACUGGCGCCGCGCCCACGUUCCCUCCAGUCAGAUGUUUCCGGUGCUUUCAGGGUCAUUUCUAGGAGGCAGCUUUGAGAGUAAUGUGGUGUCGAGACCAUAUGGAUGGUGUGUGUGACUGAGGCUCCAUUAAGGCCUCUCUAAGUGCUUAAGAUUCUGGGAGAUGGGUGUGGAGAUCUACUCACCUUGUAGCUGCCCAAGACAACCCUCAAAUAGUGGUCCUGGGAAUGACAGACUGCGUCCCCAUUUGCCUCUGCUAUAAUGUCAACAAGAAGCCCCAGGCUGCAAUUUACCUGGGGCAAUUUAAUGCCAGUUGAACUGAAACAGAACUGCAAGUCCUUUCAUCUGAAUCAAAGAAUAUCUUAGAGAUCAUCUAGAUCCAAUUCUUGUUUCAGAUGGGGAAACAAGUGGAGGCACAAACAACUCCUCAUGGAGGGUCUUUCCCCCACCUCCCCAUCCUGAGCACUGUCUCCAGACAACUAGGGUUGUCCCUAGCACCUGCCUUCAUGCUGCGUGAGUGCUCACCAGUAAAUGCUGCUUUUUAAAAUUCUUCUGGCCAUGUUGCACUGCAUGUGAGAUCUUAGUUCCUGGACCAGAGAUCAGACCUGCAUCUCCUGCAUUGAAAGCAUAGAGUUUUAAUGACUAGACCACCAAGGAAGUCCCAAUAAAUGCUGUUUUUGAUAAGCGUGGGCAGUCUACAGCAUCGCUCUGCCGUAACCAGAUCUGCUCCUCUCCUGCCCUGUGGUGACUCCUGCAGACUCAAUUCUGUGUCUCUCCAGCAACCAAGGAACCAUGAGGAUCCUUGUCCUGCUCUUAAACACUUUUCUUCUGCUCUCCCAAGGUUCUCCAAUGGGAAGUGACCUUGACGCAGGCAGGAUAUGCGGCUACGGGACUGCUCGCUGCCGGAGGAACUGUAAGAGACAAGAGUUGAGAGUUGGAAAAUGCCCCAACACCUAUCCGUGCUGUUUGAAAAAGUGGAAGGUCAACUCACUGAAUCCUCAGAAGGACACAAAGCCGAGGGGGGCUUGGCUCCUAGAAAUGGCCACAAGCCAGACCUCUGAGCCUCCCUUCUCCGGGCCUUCCCGCUGGACCGUCCCCAGCGGAAGCAGUCGUCUGGUUGAGUGAGGACCGGCCAGGGGCGCUCGCGCGUGCAGAGCCGAGGCAGGAGACGCAGUGAGCACAAGGCCUCUGCCUGAAGGCGGAGGGCAGCAGCGCAGGUUACAUGAAGGUCUCAGUACUUCAAAAGAUGAGCCAGAAGCGGGUCCAGUCCGCCACAAGCCUAAGUGAACAUCAUUUUAUUCUUUUGCCUGAAUCAUACUGAUUGAUCUUGUAACAUUGGGUUUCUUUUCUGAUCAGCAGUUCUGCUCAAUAGUUAUACGUGUCUUUUAUUAAUUAAAAUGGAAUAAAUCAAUACUGAGU